UCCAACCUGUCAGUUGACUUCAAGUUGCAAGGGAAAGCCCAAGUGUCUUCGCUGCUCUUAGGAAACAUUGCGUUAAAUUGCGUGGAAAAGUUAUGCACUGUGGGUGAUUUUCCAUUUCCCGCUGCAACGUUUGUGGCGCUUUUUGCCGCCGCCUACUUUGACGGUGUGUAACAUUUUUAUUUUUCCAUUCUGAAAGUUGACUUGGCAAACUACUUGAAAUGUGAAAAUGCUCGAGCGGCAACUGGGAAGGAAAACUUGCAGUAACUUUGAAGGUUCACGUAAUUAUGCGCAUUACACAGCUGACCCGGGCCCUCAACCUGUUCCUGCUAAUGCGGCUACUCCAGUUUCUCGUAAGCCCGGUGGCCACAGCUGCCACGCCUCUGCAGCAACGGCGCCCCCAAUUGCUGCACAGCCGCAGCCACGCACAUCAGAAGCGGCUCACCCACAGCAUGGACCAAAUGGAUGAGACGUGCGAUACGCCUGGAGGCAGCAACCCUGAUCCAGGCCGCGAUACAGCCACCGACAUGCAGAACUCGAAAGCAGGUGGCAAGUGCGACAUUGGGGCAGGACGCACAAAUGCCAAGCUAUCGGCUACGAACAUCGCCCAGAAGGCCGCCUGCGACGCGGAGCAAGCCUUCGGCACCCAGCAGUCGGCGGCGGCGGAGGUGGCGCACAUGGUCAAGCAGCAGCUGGCAGAUAGGGCCGAUGCCGCUGCCAAGGCGGCGGAAGCAGCGCUCUCCGGCAAGCAGCAGGUGGUGGAGCAGCUCGAGGCAGAGCUAGUCGAGGCGGAGGCUGUGCUGCGCCAGGAAUUGGAGUGCAUUGCCAGUGCCCAGACCAAUCUCAACUCCGCCGCGAUGUCGGCCAGCAAGGCAGAGGAGGUUAUGACGGCCAUGCAGCACGGACUGAAGAUUGCCGAGGAGAAUCUCAAUCACGCCAAAGCGACCGCCACCGGUGCUCAGCAGGACCUAGACGAGAAGACGCAGCUGGCGGAAGUGGCCCGAAAACGCAUCGAAAUGCUGAGGAAAAAGCAUCUCGACUACUGCAACGAGCUGCAGAAGAUCAAAAAGGCGGCGUACAAAGCGUUCUGUGCCGCGGCCGAGGCACGCAAAAAGGCCAGAGAGCGACGCACGGCACGAAGCAGGCGUCGCAGGAAACGGCAACAAACGGCAGCUGGGGUAGCAGGAGUAGCAGGAGCAGCAGGAGCAGCAUGAAC